CGGCGUCCCAGCAGAGCAUGGUGACAGCCUGUGUCCUCGGCCCCCUCGUCUGGCGCAGCCGGAAGAGCCGCCAGCCUCAGGAGCCGAUGGCCCCUCAUGGGAGGGAGUGAGCAGCCUGGCCCGGCCCUACAGACUGAGGGGGGACGCAGCAGCUGAGUGACCUGAGACCGCGCUGCCGACCCCCUCCCACCAGUUGACGAAUGGUGGGCGGAGCAACGAGUGACCCUUGUCAGGGUCGUGGAAUAAUGGUGGGAAGCAAGGCGUGAGUGUCCCCCAUGGUCACCUGUUAACUUCUUGGUGGAAAUAGAGGUCUGAGCACCCCAAGCCAGCCCAGUGGACCCUCCCGGCCCCUGCCCUGCUGAUGGGGCCACUGGGGCCCUGAGCAGCCGCCUGACCAUCCCCACCACACCCUGCCCGGCCAUGGCUGGCGCUGAAGGCUUCCAAUACCGUGCACUCUACCGGUUCCGCCGGGAGCGGCCGGAGGACCUAGAGCUGCUGCCGGGCGACGUGCUGGUGGUGAGCCGGGCAGCCUUGCAGGCACUGGGCGUGGCUGAGGGCAGCGAGCGCUGCCCGCAGAGUGUGGGCUGGAUGCCUGGCCUCAACGAGCGCACACGGCAGCGUGGUGACUUCCCCGGCACCUACGUCGAGUUCCUGGGACCCGUGGCCCUGGCCCGGCCUGGCCCUCGCCCCCGAGGCCCCCGGCCACUGCCCGCCAGGCCCCGAGAUUGGCCCCCUGAGCCAGGCCUCACACUCUCCGACCUGCCCGAGCAGUUCUCGCCGCCUGAUGCGGCGCCCCCCAUCCUGGUGAAGCUCGUGGAAGCCAUUGAGCAGACAGGGCUAGACGGCGAGUCCCUCUACAGGCCGGAGCCGCCCGCCCCGCGCGCAGACUGGUCCCUGAGCGACGUGGAGCAGUGGGACGCGGCCGCCCUGUCAGACGGCGUCAAGGGCUUCCUGCUGGCGCUGCCCGCGCCCCUCGUGACGCCCGAGGCGGCGGCCGAGGCGCACCGGGCCCUGCGGGGUGAGCGGACUGAGGCCGGCCCGGACUUCCCAGGGCUGCUGGUGGAGAAGUUACUUCAGGAACAUCUGGAGGAGCAGGAGGUAGCACCCCCAGCUCUGCCGCCUAAACCCCCCAAGGCAAAGCCGGGCCCCACAGGCCUGGCCAAUGGGGGGAGCCCGCCCUCCCUGCAGGACGCUGAGUGGUACUGGGGCGACAUCUCCAGGGAGGAGGUGAACGAGAAACUCCGGGACACGCCUGACGGCACCUUUCUGGUCCGAGACGCCUCCAGCAAGAUCCAGGGGGAGUACACGCUGACCCUCAGGAAGGGCGGGAACAACAAGCUGAUCAAAGUCUUCCACCGCGACGGGCACUACGGCUUCUCGGAGCCGCUGACCUUCUGCUCCGUGGUGGACCUCAUCACCCACUACCGCCACGAGUCGCUGGCCCAGUACAACGCCAAGCUGGACACGCGGCUGCUCUACCCCGUGUCCAAAUACCAGCAGGACCAGGUUGUCAAGGAGGACAGCGUGGAGGCGGUGGGCGCCCAGCUCAGGGUCUACCACCAGCAGUACCAGGACAAGAGCCGCGAGUACGACCAGCUCUACGAGGAGUACACGCGCACCUCCCAGGAAUUGCAGAUGAAGCGCACAGCAAUUGAAGCUUUCAAUGAGACCAUUAAGAUCUUUGAAGAGCAGGGCCAGACGCAAGAGAAGUGCAGCAAGGAGUAUCUGGAGCGCUUCCGGCGUGAGGGCAAUGAGAAAGAGAUGCAAAGGAUCCUGCUGAACUCAGAGCGGCUCAAAUCCCGCAUCGCUGAGAUCCACGAGAGCCGCACGAAGCUGGAGCAGGAGCUGCGGGCACAGGCCGCAGACAACCGGGAGAUCGACAAACGCAUGAACAGCCUCAAGCCAGACCUCAUGCAGCUGCGCAAGAUCCGAGACCAGUACCUCGUGUGGCUCACCCAGAAAGGCGCCCGGCAGAAGAAAAUCAACGAGUGGUUGGGGAUCAAAAACGAGACUGAGGACCAGUAUGCGCUCAUGGACGAGGAGGAUGACCUCCCCCACCACGAGGAACGCACGUGGUAUGUGGGCAAGAUCAACCGCACGCAGGCUGAAGAAAUGCUGAGUGGCAAGCGGGAUGGUACUUUCCUCAUCCGAGAAAGCAGCCAGCGGGGCUGCUACGCCUGCUCUGUGGUGGUGGACGGCGACACCAAGCACUGCGUCAUCUACCGCACGGCCACGGGCUUCGGCUUCGCGGAGCCCUACAACCUGUACGGCUCGCUGCGGGAGCUGGUGCUGCACUACCAGCACACGUCGCUGCUGCAGCACAACGACGCGCUGGCCGUCACGCUCGCCCACCCCGUGCGCGCGCCCGCGCCCGCGCCCGCGCCGCGCACCGGCUGUCACUGACCGCCCCCCUGGUGGCGGAGCCGGCCGGAGCCGGCGAGUCC